AUGACCGUUACAGGUAAUGUGAGGAUGUAUUUUCUACAAAUUGUCAUAUUCUCACUAGUCGCUGCGUACUGCCAUCCAGCAUUGUAUGAUGAUUACCGACAUGCGCAAUUUGUUCGAGAUUGGGCUGCCCAUUGUGUUGACAAAUACCUUCCAAAAUAUGAUGCUCAGGAAAUAGGACCAGAAAUAAGAAAAUGUGAUACAGAACGGUGUGUGUACUUCAUGUACAAGUACAUUGCUGACAAUCGUCCAGAGUUCUUCCUUGAAUUUGACAUCUGCUUCGAAACGAAUACUGCCAGGAAACAAACCAGAGGAGCUCCAUCGAGAAACCCUGAACAGCAUUAUCAUUCUUGA